GGGGGCGGGGCGGGCGUCAGGGUGGCCUGGCCCCUCCCGAUGGGACGCGGCCGUGGCGCCAUCUUUCCCAGCUCUGCGGAAGAGUGAUCACUGGUCAGUGUAAGGCCUUGGCACGGUGGAGCGCCGAGAGGCCCCGCGGGUGGCCUUUCUUCGGAGUGGCCCAGGGUCCCCAAAAGCACAAUGGACUCUGGAGCUCGCCCUGGGGGUGGCAGCUGUAGCAGCCCUGCCGGGCUGUCCCGGGAAUACAAGCUGGUGAUGCUGGGUGCCGGCGGCGUGGGCAAGAGUGCUAUGACCAUGCAGUUCAUCAGCCAUCGGUUUCCAGAAGACCAUGAUCCCACUAUUGAAGAUGCUUAUAAAAUCCGGAUCCGUAUUGAUGAUGAACCUGCCAAUCUGGAUAUUUUGGAUACAGCUGGACAGGCAGAAUUUACAGCCAUGCGGGAUCAGUACAUGAGGGCAGGAGAAGGAUUUAUUAUCUGUUACUCUAUCACGGAUCGCCGAAGUUUCCAUGAAGUUCGAGAGUUUAAACAGCUUAUUUAUCGAGUUCGACGUACUGAUGAUACACCUGUGGUUCUUGUGGGAAACAAGUCUGACUUGAAACAGCUAAGACAGGUCACUAAAGAAGAAGGGUUGGCUCUGGCCCGAGAGUUCAGCUGUCCCUUUUUUGAGACUUCUGCUGCAUACCGCUACUACAUUGAUGACGUUUUUCAUGCACUUGUCCGAGAAAUACGUAGGAAAGAGAAGGAGGCAGUGCUGGCCAUGGAGAAAAAAUUUAAACCUAAAAGCAGUGUCUGGAAGAGGCUGAAGUCCCCAUUUCGGAAGAAGAAGGAUUCAGUAACUUGAAGGGAAGGCAUGGAGUGCUUACCUGUGAACUGCAGUGCUUAAUCCAAGCAGUCCAGUAACCUGCAGUAGUGAGCAUGGUACUUGCUCUUUCUUCUGUUAAUGACCGUUUUUUAAAAAGUAACUGAUGAGGGGGACAUGGCUACUAGGAGUUUCCAAUGAUGUGGUAUUUAAAGUAUUGUUUCUUAAUUGAUUCUGAUUUAUUAACCAGCAGAGCACUGGCUUUUCAGUUGUCACAUUAGAAUUUGAAUCUGCCACUCUUGGGAUCAUGUUGCUGAUAUUAAUCCAUGUGAAUCAUUUACACCAGGAGAGCGUCUAGGCCCUGGGUGUUUGACCAAGAGCACAGUGGAGUCUUGUGCUGUGUAGUCCUGUUGACGUUCGCCUUCAGUUCUCUGAGAAGGGCCUCAGUAUGUUUUCUGCAUGGUGCUUCCCAGAGACAAAGGGAAAACUCUAUAGGGAAAUCAGUGCUAAAAAGAUAAAUGCCAAAGCCCAGCAAAUAGCUGUGGAACUGGCUCCUGCUGCAAACUUGGAGUGCUGAGAGUGGGCCAUGUGCUUAUAGGGACUUGCUAGAGUCCAAGCAGGAUGAAUCUGGUUUUUCUGAGACAUGCAAAUUUGCUCCAAGGCAUUGGAGUGCAUAAGAAUGGACAGACACCUAUAAAAUAUAGUGCUGGUUUCUUGGAAGAGCUGUUUUACUGUUUAGGGUGUACCUUUCUUUUCAAAGGUAAACAUUUGGGGGCCAUUACUGGAUUGCUAUCUCCUUUUUAAAUCCCUAAUCAGAAGAGCCAGCAUCUAUAACAGGUUUAUCUAUAACAGAUAGAUACAUCAGUACAGAAAUUGCUUCCCAGUGCUUGCCCUUGCUUACUCCUUGCUUUUUAGACACUUUAGGCCUGGCAAAGUUGUUUUUAGGCCCUUCAUUUGUCUGGCUGCAUUUUCCAUACAGAAGAAAUGUCAGGAGUUUGAAUAUAUUACAUGUGUGUCUCCUUGACAUUAGAGUUAUUCGACUCCGUAUUCUAAGAAAGCAUGUGGCCAGGUGUAGUGGUACACACCUAUGAAUCUUAACACUUGGGAAGCCGAGCAAGAGAAUGGCUUGCCUGAACUACAUAGUGAGACGAUGCCUCAAAAAACCAAAAAAGAAAAGAAAGCCCAUGGUUUUCCUGUUUAUUGGGAGUCUUCUUCAUGCUUUUAACAUUAAUGUAUAGUUUGUAACCUGAAGAUUUACUUAGAAAGACCUUACAAAGUUUACCUCAGGGUUUUAUUAAUCUUGGCAAAGUUUAGACUAAGAGAAAAACCACUUGACUGUGUACAUGUUGAGAAACUAUAUCCUACGAAGACACAGCUUUAACUUAGUGGCAACUGUUCUGUGUGUGGACACUGCAUGCAUAAGGGGCAAGAGCAGCACACCUAGUGCUGAGAAUUAAUAUCACCGAAGCAGUGUUUGUCUAUUUAGGCAACUUUCUUUGCACCCCUGGAAAAGCACGUGGCUGAACUUAUUUCCCAUUGCUAUUAAAGGCAGGAAGAUAAGGUGUUUUUCUAUAUAAGUCAAUGGUCUGUGGUCCAGAUUUAAAGAAGAAUGACUGAUGGAGCAUUUUUUUUUUAACUCUGAGUAGUUGUCCCUUUUCAAACUCCUGAAACACUUUGCUACCAGAUCAGUCCUGUUUCUGGUACUCAUCCCAUCUAAAUGUGAAAGACCACACGUCAAGUCUUUGUAGGGUAUCACAGAAACCAUGGGAGAAGCCAGAGAGCAGAAAAGAAAUGGUGCAGUUCUAUUAUGAUAUUAUAUCUCAUUUAAACUGGUUUAGAACCCUUUAAGUUUGACCCCUUAGCUUCUCAUUACUAAUGACCCAGGGAAUUGUCAGAGCACCAAGCAAGAAAAUGUCAGCUGUAGCCUGGCAUGGUGGUGCACGCCUAUAAUCUCAGCACUUGGGAGGCUGAGGCAGAAAGAUCUUUGUGAGUUCAAGACCUGCCUGGGCUGCAAAAUGAGUUCAAGGCCAGCCUGAACUGCAUAGUGAGACCCUGUCUCCUAAAGACAACAACAACAAAAAAGAAAGUAUCAGCUAUGUAAUUAUUAAAGAUAAUUAAGAUAACAACAUUUCCAGCAAGAAAGAUCUGUAAGUGAAUGUGUACUGCAUAUAAAAAAAUAAAAUAAGUUAGGGUUUUUUGACAUUAUCACUGUCACCCCUGAGCUUUGGAUGAACUCUAAUCCUUUGGUUAGUGCUGAAUAGAAUUGUGCUAGGUGGUUAGCACUAGCUGGUUUCAGGAUAUAACUCAUACCUUUAUUCUUAGUGACCACAGAUAGAGUGUAGGUAAUUUAUGAGCUCUAAGUAAUCUGCUUUAACCAGUUUGAGACCAUUAAAAUUAAUUACUGCCUGGAACUUCAAAGAGAGAAAUUCAGGGAUGAGUUAAAAGGCACUGGAACUUCCAUUCAUGUUCAUACCAGAUCAGUAAGCUAAGACUCCAAGGCUCAAGCUGCAUGUCAGGGCACACACCUGUAAUCCCUACAUUCAGGAAGCCCAAAGUAGGAUAAUCAGGAGUUCAAGGCCAGCCUCGAUUAAAAACCAAAAUGAAACAUUGAAAAGCUAGUGUCUAGAAUUAGCUGUUCAGGAUCCACAAGGGGACUGGUGAUAUAUUCCAAAAAUGGGCCUACUGUGAUGUUUGGAUAGAGGGAAGGUUUUUCACCUUAAUGCACAUGUAUAUGAAGACAGUUUGUAUGACACAAUACAAAAUUUUUAAACAA